AUGUGGUUGGUCCCACAGUAUGCUUUGCUAGGAUUAGCUGAGGCUUUCAAUGCAAUAGGGCAGAUGGAGUUUUAUUACUCUGAGCUUCCAAAAAGUAUGUCGAGUGUUGCCAUGGCGGUGUUCAUGGUGAGCAAUGCGUUCUCGGGGCUUGUUGGAAGCGUUUUGGUCAAUGUUGUUGACUUGGUGACAAGUGAAGGUGGUAGUGUGAGUUGGUUAUCGAGUGAUAUUAAUGAAGGACAUGUGGAUUAUUACUAUUGGUUACUUGGUUUGUUGAAUUUGCUCAACUUUUUCUACUUCUUGAUAUGUUGUCGUUUUCAUAAGAGGUUUACAUUGUCCACAUGA